UUCUGACGGCCCGCCUAAACCUACUCUGCUCAGCUUUAACAUUAACUAAAUGUUGAUGUUUAUAUUCUGUAGUGUUUGUUUUGGGGGGGUUGUCUGAAAUACUGUAAAGCUUAUAGCGAGACUGUAUCCAUGUCAGUGGAACAAGCCAUGCUGAUGUCAGAGCUUUUUCCUCUGCCCUCCACGGUGGGAGGAUCUCUGUGCGUUGAGUCACGCAGCUGUCAAAGAUAGCUGUCACCCAGUUUCAGGAUCAAACACACACAGUCAAUGAGAAAAGGGCUUUGAGCCGACAGGACGCAGAGAUCUCAGGUAACCCCCCCUCCCCGUCUCUCCUCAAGUCUCCAAACAAGGGCGACCAGAAAAGGAGAUCGGAAGGAAUCCAAAAACGGGGGGAAAGAAGCGAGUUUUUGAUGAAUAAGGAUUUUCGCAUAUUCGGAUACACACUGGAGAAAAGAAGAAAAACACUACACUAACACAAAGGCAGUUUUCUUCUGCGCUUCAUAAGGAAAAAGUGGGAUUUUUUCACACGGUGAUGAAGACGAAAAAAGGUUUGAUGAUGCUGUCAGGGAGCGAGACUGAUGACGAGGACAGCGUGGAUGCCCCCCUGGAUCUUUCCUCAAGCGCGGGGAGCAAUGGGAAACGGAAAAGGCGGGGAAAUCUGCCCAAGGAGUCGGUUCAGAUCCUCCGGGACUGGUUGUACGAGCACCGAUACAACGCUUACCCUUCGGAGCAGGAGAAAGCCCUGCUUUCCAAGCAGACGCAGCUCUCCACACUGCAGGUGUGCAACUGGUUCAUCAACGCACGGCGGCGACUUCUCCCAGAGAUGCUAAGGAAAGACGGCAAAGAUCCAAACCAGUUCACCAUCUCUAGGAAAGGCAGCAAAGCGGGCGACAGCUUCUCAGACAGCUCCCAGUCGCCCAAACACUGCAGCCCCGCGGCAAGUACGGAGGAGAGCUACGACAAACGCGUCCUCCACCCUUCCAGCUUUGAACCAGCCGUGUCCGGCGUCCUGAGGAAUGCCCUGUCCCCAUCCUUACCCUCUCCAACCUCCUUGUCACCACCUCCAGGGAUCAUCCCCACCCGGCCUUCAGUCAUCUGUCACACUACUGUCACCGCAGCGAUACAGGCCCCUCCCUCCGUGCCCGGAAUGAACUGCGACAGGGCGGAGGAGCUGCUGCAGCACGCACAGGCGCUUCUCAGGUGCAAGGAGGAAGAGCCGUUCUCUACCACCACCACCACCACCACCGCCAGCACCACCACUACCACCAUCCUCAGCGGCACCGGCAUGGAGGGCAACCUGAGCCCCCGAAGCGGGCUCUUCAACACCCCUCCCCCUACCCCUCCAGACCUCACACAGGACUUCAGCGGCUUCCAGCUCCUGGUGGACGUGGCUUUGAAAAGGGCCGCGGAGAUGGAGCUGCAGGCCAAACAGCUGGUCUCCUAAAAAGGGACAAAGUUACACAAAAAGAAGAAGAAGAAGAAAAAGGAGGGAAAAGAGACUAAAUUUGUGUCUCUGACUUUGGAACUCCUCCUGAGUUCAGUGACUUGUCUGCACGCGACAGAGAACAAACACAUAGACGCCUGAUCAUUUCUAUUUUUGGUAAACCAAUCAAGUUGACGAGGAUGUUUUUUUAUGGAGAAAAACAAACUGUAUCGAGGUGCCUUGGCUGUAAGUUGUUUAUUCAUUUCACAUACAUGCGUAUGUUUCUACAUGUGUAUCUUAUUUGCACACAGGGACCAAAAAAAUGUUAUCAGAGAAAUGCUGCCUGUCUUAUGUCUUUCCAUUUUUACUGUGUAUGAUUCUAGAGAGCUAGAAGCAGCCCUCAUCCACACCCGUUUACCGUCACACAUUUCACAGAUCAGUUCCUACUUGGUCUGCCUCGUUUGUUUGCACACUAACGGCAGAGGAAGGUCAUCUCAGUGUCUUAAACAUACUUUGCUCUUGGCAUCUAUGACAAACUUAUUCACUACUGUAGAAAAUGUUGUUUUCAUGAGUAUAAGUAUAGUUUCGAUUUUGUAUUUACUUUUAGCUAUUUUUAAAAGAAAAAAACCUCUAUGCUUUUGUUUUUCACUCUUUUUUUCCCCAUCAAGGGAUAUUUCAGAUGACCAAUGUAGCAGGUUCUUAGUCGGAGCCUUCAUCCAAUUAUCACUCAGCGGGGGAAAAAAACAACGGCCAGUGGACUGGAAAAUGAAAACACUACAGAUGUCUUUUUUCUGCAUUUAGCUGUUUUUACGACCCGUCAAAGACAGCAGUUUUUGAAAUCACCAAAAACACAUUUUCAUGUAUAAUAGGACCAUGUGUAUAGCUAAUGUGACACCAUGCCCAAUGAUGUGAUUUCUUUUCAUACUGUGCAAUGUUUGUGGCAAAAAGGGGUCACAUGGGAUUCAAAUAAAGUUUUGUUUUUCUACAGCUCA